GGCGGAGAGGAGAAGGAGGGAGAGGAAUAGGAAUUGGCGAAGAAGGGGGGAGGAUGAAGAGGUCCCACACGGCGUGGCCAGGAGAUCCGCUUAGAGCCGCAGCCUGAGCGCUGGAGCUGGAGCCGCCCUAGGGCGCAGAAGGAGCCUCAGUCUCGGCGCAGAUAGAACAGGAUCUCUGAGCGCCUUGGGAGUCCCAAUCUUAGCGCAGCGGGAGUCCCAGUCCUCCUCCGGGUAGGGAGGUAGACUAGCGGCUCCAGCCCUCGGGGGCUACCCCGGUUGGGGGGGAGGGUUGGGGGCGGGGAUGAAAGAGGGUAGCUGCCGCCGCGCCCCGGCUCGGUGAGCAGGAGGCAAAGGAGGAUGGAGGCAGCGGAGCCGGAUCCCGGUAGGGGCUCGCCGCCCCCGCCGCCGCCCCCGCCCCCCCUGCCGCCCCCUUCCCCUGCACCCCCGGAGAAGAAGAAGAUCAACCGUGCUCCGUCGCCUGCUAGACCCAAGGACGUCCCCGGCUGGUCGCUGGCCAAGAGCCGGCGGAGCAGCGGCAGCAACCCGGGCUCUCCUGCCUCUCUGUCCGGGAAGGCGGGGCCCGGCCAGCCCCGGCCCGAGAAGAAAGGCCGCAGCGGCCCACAGACCGGCGCUCGGGGCUCGGGGAAGGGCGCGCCGGGCCGAGCCGGGGCUAAGGCGAAGGGGCGUCCCCGCGACGAGCCCCCGGGGCGGGCCUCGCAGCCGCCACUGCUGCCCCAGCCGCCGCCGGCCCUGAGCCUCACGGACAGCAGCUCCGAGGUGUCGGACUGCACCUCCGAGGAGAACAAGCUGCUGUCCCUGGAGCUGGCUCUGAGCAGCGACACCGAGUCCGGCGGCGGCAGCGGCAGCGGCAGCGGCAGCGGGAGGGAGCGACCCGCCGGGAGCGGGGCCGGAGCUGGGUCCGGGGUCCGCGUGCAGGGGCACCCGGCGCCGCGCAGCCCUCAGCCACGGCUCGCCUCCCCGGGCGCCUCGCCUGUCCCGGAUGAGCAGUCAGCGUCGCUGGGCAGCAGCCGCCUGCCCCUCAGUACGUCGCUGGCCUUCUCCGAUCUCACCGAGGAGCUACUGGACUGCGGGCCCGAUGGCUUCGUGCGGGAGCUAGAGGAGCUGCGCUCCGAGAACGAUUACCUGAAGGAUGAGAUCGAAGAGCUACGAGCUGAGAUGCUGGAGAUGCGAGAUGUCUACAUGGAAGAGGAUGUGUAUCAGCUACAGGAGCUCCGACAGCAACUGGACCAAGCCAGCAAGACCUGUCGCAUCCUGCAGUACCGUCUCCGCAAGGCAGAACGGCGCAGCCUCCGAGUGGCUCAGACAGGCCAGGUGGAUGGGGAACUCAUUCAUAGCUUGGAGCAGGAUGUCAAGGUUUCCAAAGACAUCUCUGUGCGUCUGCAUAAUGAAUUGGAGGCUGUGGAAAAGAAGAGAAUCCGAUUGGAAGAGGAGAACGAAGAUCUCCGACAGAGGUUGAUCGAGGCAGAGCUGGCCAAACAAGUGCUCCAGCAUGAGAUGGACAAACCUCGCGAGCAUUCUUUGAAGAAAAGAGGAACGCGGUCACUUGGAAAGACAGAAAAAAAGGCAUCAGUCCAGGAGGAUAACGCGGACCUAAAGUGUCAGCUGCACUUUGCCAAGGAAGAGUCAGCCCUGAUGUGUAAGAAACUCACUAAGUUAGCCAAGGAGAAUGACAGCAUGAAGGAGGAGUUGGUUAAGUACCGCUCUCUGUAUGGAGACUUGGACAGCUCCCUGUCCGUGGAGGAGCUGGCUGACUCCCCUCACUCCAGGGAGGCUGAGCUGAAGGUCCAUCUGAAGCUUGUCGAGGAAGAAGCCAACAUCUUGAGCCGCCGGAUUGUGGAGCUGGAGGUAGAAAACCGGGGCCUGAGAGCGGAGAUGGAAGACACGAAAGGGCAGGGGGACAAGGACUACAUUGGCCCUGACAUACGGUUCGCUUUUUCUUCCCCCAAUUGUGGGGGGGAGUCCGGUGAGAGCCUGGCUGAGCUGCGGCGACACCUUCAGUUUGUGGAAGAGGAAGCCGAGCUCCUGAGGAGGUCUUCUGCCGAGCUGGAGGACCAGAACAAGCUCCUCAUGAACGAGCUGAACAAGUACAAGUCAGAACACGACUUGGACGUCACCUUGUCUGAGGACAGCUGCUCGGUGAUCAGCGAGCCGUCUCAGGAGGAGCUGGCCACCGCCAAGAUCCAGAUCAGCGAGCUCAGCGGGAAGGUGAAGAAACUGCAGUACGAGAACCGCGUCCUGCUCUCCAACCUUCAGCGCUGUGACCUGGCCUCCUGUCAGACCCUGCGGCCCAUGCUGGAGACCGAUGCCGAGGCGGGGGACUCUGCCCAGUGUGUCCCCACCCCCCUCUGGAGAGAUGUGCCUGUCGGGGGGGAGAACGGUGUCCUAGGCCACUCCGAGAGGACGGCAGACAACGGCGUUCCGAAGCUCCCUGACACCCAUCUCGCCAAGCUCUUUAAAGCCAGAGACUUGGAGGCUUUGCCUGGCCUCAGGGACCAGGCUGCCCUGGUCAGCAAGGCGAUCGAUGUUUUAAUUUCAGAUGCCAACGGCUUCAUAUCCAGUCUCAAGCUGUGUCUGGACAAUGACUGUGCAGACCUUAUGUUGAAUGAGUCCCUGGAUAACAGCGAGAGCCCUAGUGAUUCCAAACUUAUCAAUGUUAUCUUCAUGAGGCUUGGGCUCUUGCAGCAGGAGCUGAACAUCUUCAUGAGGAAAGUGGAUAGCAUUGGGGACUCUCUGAAAGAGGCCACGGAAACCUCCUCACUGCCAGCCCCCGGGGCCCAGGACCCCUCCAAAGACCUUCUCAGCAAAGAACACACUUCUGACUUCCAGCCUGACUUUAGAGACCUGCCAGACUGGGAGCUCCGGGCCAGGGAGGCCUUCUGCAGCACUAGCAGCGACCCGGAUCCCAAACCUGAACUCACCCGGAGCUACAAGACUUAUCAAGCUGAAGACAAUGAAUCCUAUGCUACAGAGAUCAAAGAACUACAACUGGUGCUUUCAGAAGCCCAUGAGAGUCUUCGAGGUCUUCAAGAACAACUCUCCCAAGAGAGGCAGCUGCGUAAAGAAGAUGCAGAGAAUUUCAAUCAAAAAAUAUUCCAGCUGAAGGAAGAUCAACAGAAGACUCUCCUGAGGAGGGAGUUUGAACUGCAGAGUGUGAACCUCCAGAGGAGGCUGGAGCAAAAGUUCUGGAGCCAGGAGAAGAACCUCCUGGUACAGGAAUCCCAACAGUUCAAGCAGAACUUCCUACUGCUUUUCAUGAAGCUUAAGUGGUUCCUCAAACGCUGGAGACAAGGAAAGAUCUUACCCAGUGAGGGAGGUGACUUUCUGGAGGUGAAUAGCAUGAAGGAACUCUACCUGCUAAUGGAAGAGGAAGAGCUAAGUCCUCAGCAUUCUGACAAUAAGUCCUGUGUGGCGGACAUCUGGACGCAGAACACUCCCAAUGAAUAUGUGAAAACACUCGCAGACAUGAAGAUCAUCCUGAAAGAGCUGUGCCGAGAGCUUCGGGAAGAACGGCGGGGUAUGAAUGAGCUUCAGCAGCAGUUUGCUAAGGCUAAGUCUGCCUGGGAAAUGGAGAAGACUGAGCUCAAGUGCCACCUAGCACAGCUGGAACUAAAACCUGGGAAGGGAGUGGGUGAGCGAGCCCUGCCUGACUGGAAGGCCAUCCUGAAAAGAGAAAGGGAGGAACACCAGCACCUCUUGGCUGAGUCCUAUAGUGCAGUCAUGGACCUUACCAAACAGCUGCAAAUCAGUGAGAAGAACUGGGACCAACAGAAGAUAGAACUGCUGGACAGGUUCAAAGAUGAAAAACAACAGGCCGAGCAACAGGUGAAGGAGCUGCAGAAUAAAAUAAGCCAGUUACAGAAGGGAGCUGAUUCCUGGGCUUUGAAACAUAUUGACAUGGAAAAGCAUGACAGCAGCUGGAAAGAGACCCUCAGUGAGAAGAUACAUGACAAAGAGACCAUUUCUGAAGCUGAUGCCAAUGGAACCAGUUUAAAGAGGACCAAAUCUGUUUCUUCCAUGUCUGAGUUUGAAAGUUUACUUGACUGUUCUCCUUACCUUCCGGGCAAAUCAGCCAACAUAGUCAACGAAACUUCCCGAGGCAAAAAGACCUCUCCACCUGCCUCCCUAUUGCCCAAUACUCUGAUGGAUACUGCUACGGUGAACCCUGCCAGAAUUGCCUUUGUAGACAAUGAACAGGCAAGCCCAGAAAAGGGGACCAAGGAGAAGCUGGGGCUCUCCCCUAGAGACUGCAACAGGAGAGGUAACCUGGGCUACCAAGAUUGUGCCCAAAAACAGAUGCAGAGGAGUUACACAGCUCCUGAUAAAACAGGCAUUCGGAUUUACUACAGCCCACCUGUGGCUCGUAGGCUGGGGGUCCCUCUGGUCCAGAAUAAAGAAGGGAAAAUUCUCAUUGAACCUGGCUUCCUCUUUACCAUGGCCAAGCCCAAAGAGUCAGCGGAGUCAGAAGGCUUGGCUGAGAGUACAUAUGGUCGGUGGCUGUGUAACUUCUCCAAACACCGGGAACUUUUGGACAAUAGCCCAGUCAGCAGUUCUACAGCUCCUGUGCCCAAUUUUCCCUCUGCUCUACAUGACUUUGAGAUGUCAGGCAACAUGAGUGAUGACAUGAAAGAAAUCACCAACUGUGUCCGCCAGGCCAUCCGCUCCGGCUCUCUGGAGAGGAAAGUGAAAAGCAUGUCAAGCCAGACAGUGGGGCUAACAAGUGUGGGCACCCAGACUAUCCAGACAGUGAGUAUUGGUCUUCAGACUGACUUGCCUCGGGGAAGCCUGCAUGGCAAGAGCUGGUCACCCCGUAGCUCUUCUCUGGUAUCUGUCCGAAGCAAACAGAUAUCUUCUUCACUGGAGAAAGUCCACUCUCGGAUUGAAAGACCUUGUUGUUCUCCUAAAUAUGGGUCACCAAAACUUCAGAGGAGAUCCGUGUCCAAACUAGAUAGCUCUAAGGACCGAAGUUUAUGGAAUCUUCACCAAAGUAAGCAAAAUGGGUCAGCUUGGGCCAGGUCUACCACAACCCGAGACAGCCCAGUCUUAAGCAACAUUAAUGAUGGACUAUCUAGUUUGUUCAAUGUAGUAGAGCACUCUGGGAGCACUGAGUCUAUCUGGAAGCCAGGGAGCCAGGAGACCCGCACCAAACCAGAGACUCACAAGUAUGGCAUUGUCCAGGAGUUCUUUCGUAAUGUAUGUGGUCGUUCACAGAGUCCCACUUCUGGGACAGAUCGGAAAGAAGUGAUGGGAGAUGAGUGCACCAAAAAGCCGGAGCCUCUUUCCCCAGCAAGUUACCAUCAAUCUGAGGGCAUUGCCAGGAUUUUGAGCAAGAAAACUCCAAAAUUGAGCACCUGUGAGGAGGUCAGACCAGCUUUACUCUCCCAAGGGGGUAAGGAUGGAAACCCUCGAGAUCUAGAUGGCAAUUUGACUGUGGCUAAUGAGGAUGCCAUGUGUGACUGCAGUGCCCAGUCCCUGACCUCUUGCUUUGCUCGGCCUUCCCGAUCCAUCACCAGGCAUUCGCCCUCUAAAUGCAGACUACAUCCCCCUGAGACCAUCCGGGGAGGGGAAGAGAGAACAGCUUCUUCCAGCGAAUGAUCAUGCUGCCAAGGGACAGAACAGCAACACUCCCCUUUGCCCCAUCCCACCCCUCAGCCAACAGUCAUUGUGAGAAGCCAAAUCUCCAAGCUGAUAUGAGGCAACAGGACCCAGAAGAGGUCCAACAGUCUAUACAUCUGUCUCCUAAACACCACCUUACCGUGGGAAGGAGGAUUUAAGAAGCAGAUGUUUCAUCAAAACCUGGAAGCCUGUGGAAUAGGUUCCCAGAGGAAGAAAUGCAAGAGAUUCUUUUUGUAUCAACUAGCAGGGAUAUCAUCUGGAUCAGUAUUGUGACCUUCAACCUUCAGAUGAGAAGCCAAGGUAUGGGCGAGAUCAAAGUUAAGUGUUGGAGCAUCGCUAUUAGGGGGUCUUCUCUGGGAGCCUCUUUUUAUGUACUGAGGGAGUAGCAAGAACUUUUUGCUCAACUUAAAUGUCUUUCUUAGGAUAUCUUAUAGGGAGGUAUCCUUUGGGAACAACAGAUAUCCCAAACAGGCAACCACAGUACACCUACACCUGUGGCUUUGAGAAGAUGAUUUCAGCAGCCUAAGUCUUAAACCUUACACUCUUCAGAGGAAUGCUUUUUCUCUAUAAUCUUCCACAGCAUCAGGAAGAUGUCUUUUUGGACAAUAGUAAAGCCAGAAGGCAUUAGCAGUGCCUGGUUCCAUGUGGGAUAAAAGGCCAGGAGCUUUAACAGGAAAUCUGGUUGUACCAAAUGGAUGACAUUGUAUAUCUCUAUUACCAUGCAUUGCAGUUCAAACACACAUUGUUGAGAAGACAUGAUCCAAUCCUUGGGAAGACCCAAUAAAGUCUUUUGAAACACAUGAUAGACUCUGGCAGAACCACAUAAUGAUGAACUAGACUUGGGCUUCUCCUCUGAGGCCCAGCAUAAUCCCUUCUUUUCUCACAUUUCUUAUCUCUGGCUCUUGCUGCCCUGGAUUUCUGUGAUUCUCCAUGGAGUAUGAUAGGGUAGCCACCCACCUUGAAGAGUCUGCAUCUUCAUAUACUAGAAGGGUUUUUGCAUCCUCCAUCUUUGGCAGCUCAUAUCCAAAAAUGAUGUCGAAAAACCAAUACUAGACUUGUGGGGGCUAGGGUCAAGGAAUGUAGACCUCAGGAUCUGGGUACACUUGAGAAGCCAGCAGAGAUUUUGUCUUUGAAGCAUUUGGACAUCAUUGGCUUGAAUCCUUGCUCUUUCCUCAGACAUGCUAGAGCAGUAAUGGCAUCAAUACCAUGUUUACAUCGAACAGUGGAAAGUGAAGACAUUCCUGCUAAAUCACCUUGGUGGAUAGUUUAGUUGAUCUAGCCAGAGAGGUGUUAAGUGUACCUGUUGUCUCCUGGACUAUGGAGCAAAAAACUCUCCAGAGCCUCCUCUGAGGCCCUGACAUACUGUUGAAUUUUCCUGACUAUAAAUAUUUAAGGUAGUUUAUAUUAUUUUAAUAAUUUAAUUUGUCCCCAGAUCCCUAGAGUAAUUUAUUGAGAGGUAUCCUGUUCAUCAGGACACAGGGCAACAUUGAAAUAUUGAAAUGUUAGGGAAGUUGAGGGGGGAUACAAGGCAGUUCAGCAAUUAAACAAUGGUUUCCUUAUCCACAGACAGACACCCACUUGGCACAGCUGGAAUCUCAGAAUGCUCAUUUCAAAUUAUAUGAAUUAAUUGCUUUGGAUUCAGAACCCAGGUUCUUAUUCAUAGGUAACAGUUGCAUUGGAUCUUAUAUCCCAAUAUCCCUUUCCCAAGUUCCUGUUCAUAGGAAUGUAAGGAUUGGACUGUUUCCACCAUUUCCCAUACAUUUCCCAUUUCAAUUUUCAAUUUCCAAUUUCCCUUUUCCACUUUUUUAUGAGCCAAACAGGUCCUUGAGCCUCAGCCAAGCUUGGUGAUCCCUGAGAUGCCCAGCCAGUAUACUCAGUGGAAAACUAAUCUGAACCCAGAGAGUGUUUAAUGCAGCUUUGCACAUAGAUUUUAAAAUGUCUACUAAUCUCCCUAAAUUUUCACCAGCCUGUCCAUACUUUAGCCUUAAUGUCUAGUAGCACAUUCACUGCCUCCUAAGGAUCUUUCCCUAGUCACAAACUGAUCAUCCAUUGUUUCUACCUCCCCACUUACCUUAGUCAUUCCACUCCUUUCAAGCCAUCUUCCCCUACAGUUCAAGAGAUCAGUCCCAAAUUUCCUUAACCAAUGGGUCGGAGUUCCCUCCAGGAUGCUGCAGAGUGGUUCAUUGCCAUUCUGCCUGUGCAAAAUAGGCUUCUAGGAGCCACUGAGUCUCGUUUGAGGGGCUACUUUUCAAGGGAUUUCUGGAAGCCUUAACUGGCCAUUCUAACCAGAUUCUUUAGAAGAAAAGUCUUGUUUACUUUUAUUUGCCUCUUCUGGUUAUAAGGCCACCUUGGAAAUGCUUAUAUCUAGUAGCAAUCCAAGCCCUUCUGUCAUCCUUCAAGAACUUUGACGUAAGGCAGGAGCCAACUUCAUCUCUAGCUGAGUAGCAAGAUAGACUGCCUGGGAUAGCUGAAAGGAGUCAAGUCUCCAAUGUGGAUGAUCCCUCUCUGGGGAACACCAGGUACCAAUGUACCCUGUUCACCUUAGUUCUGGUGCACUCACACAUGCACAUAGAACUCUGCUCUUUCCGAUUGUGACCAGGGUGGUUGUGAAAUUUCCCACCUGAAAAACUGCAAAGAGAGAGCUAAGAAAGCAGUAAACUCAGAUCUGACAAGAUUUACAUCUUGGAGCAAAAACUUAUUUAUUUCACCUGAGUAUCUAAAUAGACUUGAAAAUAUUCCUCUGAACCCCAGGUAAUCCUGCUCAAAAUCCUACUGGGUGAUUUUUAUAAAGUUAUCCAAAGUCAUUAGUCUACAUUCCCUUUUGGCUGAAUAAUGGUGGUGUUAACUUCUUGUUCAUGCUGUGGUCAGAAAUAUCAGAAAGGUGCAGUGUUCCAUGUUAAGUGGCAGGGAGGAUAUGCUAUAUAGAGAAAUACUGUCAUCACAGAGAGGACUCUCACCCUAAAAAAUCAAAAGGAAUCCUUUGGGGCAAAAUCCAAAUCCUAAUUAAGAAAUAAGGAAAUAGUCUUUGUGGGAUGAGGCCUACCAUUUCAUUGCACUGUUGCUGGGUUGACUUUUAAUUUGGGGGUAAAGCACUUCAGGUGGAAAGACACCAGAUGCCUUCUAUAAUAUCCCUGUUAGGUGGCACAGCACCCAAGGUUAUACAGAUACCAUUUGGGACUGUUAAGCCAUUGGUGGGGGUAGGGCAUGUGUGGCUCCACUGCUCUCAAACAUGUCAGCAAAACCCCCACAUACACUUCAUGAAGAGGACACCCGAGAAUAAAGGAUUACCAACCCCCAGCCAAUUUGCCUUACCAUCCCAAGGAGCAUGGGAAGAGAGAAGCUGUGGCCCCUCUCCUCUGCCAGCCCAUCUCCAAGUAAACAACUUCUUCCUUCACAUGAGAGAGGUUUUGAAAUCUGAUUUUUAGUAUAAUACUUUUUUCUAUUCUUGCAUGCAGUUGUAUAUGAUCAUUUAUUGUUCUAAUGGAAACCUCUGAACAGUUGGUUUUUAAAGAGGUUAAAAAUAUUACCUGUAAAUACUGACUUGGUUUUGUUUUUAGCAUUUUAAUUUGUAAGUAGGGUUUUUUGUUUGGGGAUUUUUAUUUUAAAGAAUCUACUAUUUUGGAA